AAGAAUUAAAAAGUAUAAAUAAAAACAAUGCUGUAAAUGUUUUUGACGCAAGAUUUACCAACAUCAUUUGUAUACGAAUUUUGGCAAAAAAAAAUCAACAACACGUUAAUUAUGUUACACAAUAAUCAAAUAAUUUCGAUUGAAGAAAUUCUAGUCAAACCAUCACAAAAUUGUCAUGAACGUCCAUUAAGACAAUUUAUUUUAUUUAAUCGUAAUUCUGAUCUAAAAAUUUGUAUCUAUACACUUGGUGCAACAGUCAUGUCAUGUAUGCUCAAUGAACAUCAAAUUAUAGUUGGUGGUAAUAAUAACAACAACAAUAAUAAUAAUAACGGCGAUAAUAAUAAUAUUGGUGAUAAUAAUAAUAUUGAUGGCAAUGGUAGUAAUGAUUUAUAUCAUAAUAAUAAUAAUAAUGAUAAUAAUCAUCAUCAUACAACAAGCAAUAAUUUAGAACAAUCAGAUGAUGAUAAUCGUAUAACAACAACAAUGUUAACAACAACAACAAUGAAUGAUAUACGAAUGAUAAUCGAUCGUAAUAUUAAUAAUAAUAUUCAAAAUUAUAAUGAACCAAUACAAAAUAUUUGCUGGGAUUCACAUGUAUUUGGUUCAGAUACUUUAUUAUUAAAUCAUCGUAUUGAUUCAAUGUUAUUUGGUCCUAAACAAACAAUAACAUAUUGUUUAAAUAAAAAUAAUGAAUUCAUUAUUGAAGGUAGUGAUAUUAGACAUAUACAAAAUAUUCGAUCAUUAUUGAUUAAUCCAUUCUUUUUCAAUCUGAAUUCUGUUGAAAAUGAUUUAUGUUUAGAUGAACAUUAUCUACAUAUACGUACAUCACAUGAAUCGAUUAAUGUUUUCAGUGAACAAACAAAUAAUAAUGAUUCCAACAAUGUUAUUAGUAAUAAUAAUAAUGAUAAUGGUGGUGAUGAUGAUAAUAAUCUACAAUUAUCCGAACGUUUUCUUCAUCCAACACGUCCAACAACAAUAUCACAAUGUUUUGAUGGUUCAGAUUUUAUUUACAGUACAAAUCCAUCAACAAUACCUGGUUCAUUAUUAAUUGCAACAUUACAAUAUAAAAAUCGUAUUAUUGAAAUAUUAUUAGAAAUUGAUACAAAAUAUAAAUCAAGUUUAAGGAUAUUGAUAAAAAAUGGUUCAAUUGCAUUUAUACCGCAUGAAAUGAAUAAAUUUAAAGUUACAUAUAGAUUUCAUUGGUGAACCGAAUUAGAAGAAGAAAGACAACAACAACAACAACAAUAAACAGUAUUCAUCAAAUAUUUACUGAUGACAAUAUACGGACCGAAAUGAAAUGUAUCAAUGACAUCUGACAUCAGACAAAAUUAUAU